UGGGGCUUUGGACCCAUUCAACGCAGAUAUGACGGACACCCUUGUGUUCCUGUCCAUGAGCUCGGCCGUCUAGCCCCGGACGAGAUUGGCUAUAAAAAGCCCUGAGACUCAACUUGAGAUGGGACAGAUCGUACUUUGAGCGGGCGGAGGUUGUGAUAAACUCAAAUAGCUCUCCGGGUUCCUUUUUUGGCAACCAAUCGUCCCUCAAUCGGACUUGCAGUUACUGAGCACUUGGAACAAGCAUGAAGACAGGAAGAGGAAGAGGAAUUGGAUGGCAUCAGAUCACCGGAAUCGUAGUACUGAUCUGCACCCUGACCCAAAGGACGAUAGUCGGUCAGAGCGUCAGUCACGCAGACUCCUCUGCGGAAUCACCGGCCUUUGUGUCCCGGCCUUUGAUGUCCAAGAGCAACCAGGUCGAUGAGUAUGACAAUGACGGCCCAGAGUCUUUACCCGUCCCCGUUUUUCUAAGUCAAGCCCGUCCCUUGUCGCCCUUAUUCCAUGACCGUGAAGGUCGAAGCAACGGCUGGCAAUUUCGGGCCGGGAAGCGUUCAGCCGACCAAAAUUGGCAAUUCCGAACUGGCAAACGCUCAGGCGACCCUUCUUGGCAAUUUCGUACGGGAAAACGCUCAGGGGAUCCCUCUUGGCAAUUUCGAACGGGUAAAAGAUCUUGGGAGAACCCCGAAGUCAACGAGAUCUUGGACAAGAGAGCUGCGGAUAUGGAUCAAUCUUGGCAGUUCCGAUCCGGGAAACGAAAUGGUUGGAUGCUUAGAACCGGUUAAAUCACUUCUUGUUGUACCUGUUGUCGCCCCGACCACUACUUCCUGAAUAAUGGACGAAUAUAAUCUUAAUCCCGCCAUGAGCAUUAUCGGAUAGGUAGUUGUUUAAAAAGCAUAUCGCUUUGUGAAGCCUGGUCAAGCUGGAGCUCAUCCAUUGGAUAUUGAUUAGAAGAUGGCCACCAUUGAUCCCAAGAAACCAAAUACUAACCAUGUCCAGACAGUGAAUCGCCCUUGCAUAAUUUAUUGGACAGCUCUGUGUGAAUUCAAUAAGAUUUCCGUUGUCUUGUAACCCAUUCAUUUGAAAAUGCAAUAAAUCCAGUACGGUUGAACGUC